GUUAGCUAACAACCGAGUUAGCGGCUUCUUCAGAGCUAACGGUUAACGGUUAAAUGUUGUAUUUAGCAGUUGUCUUCAACUGAAGUGAACCAAACGAAGAAACAGGACAGUUGGUGGCCCUUUCUGAUCUGGAGGCAUAGACAUAGAUCUGGAGGUAACCAUUCAGAAAUGUGGAGAAGUACAUUUGCACGUUUCGCCCUGCCCGCCCUGCAGAGGAGGACCUCUGCCAUGGCCUGCCAGGCUCUGAGGGCUUGUCCUCGUCCAGGGCAGGCUGCAGGUCCGCUACCCUCUUGUCUGACUUCGGUUCAGCUUCGUGGUCAGCAGACACUGGGGUCUGCCUCCCUCCCUGUGGCCCGCCAGUCAGUGAGGCACGUCCGGGCUCUGGAUGAGGAGAGGCUGAUGGAGGUGGAGUGGGAGGAUGGAGGCCACAGUCUGUAUCCAUUCACCUGGCUCAGAGACAACUGCCAGUGUCCGCUGUGUACCCUGCAGUCAGCUCAGGCCCGGAAACUGUUGAUGUCUGAUCUCGAUAUCCACACAGGGGUCGACGUUGUGGAGGUCACCAAUGACAACAAGGUGUCCAUCGUGUGGCCCGACCAGCACACCAGCGUGUUUGAUGCAGAGUGGCUGAAGAAACGCUGUUUCUCUCCUGCUGCCAGGCAAGCAAUGCAAGAAGAGCUUUUUCUCAAUGAGCGUUAUUACUGGGACUCCAAACUGCGCAUUCCCACCGCUGACUACCAGGAAGUCCUCCACGAUGAUAAGGCAGCACUGGCCUGGCUCUUGGCCCUGCGUCGUGUUGGCAUCGUCUACCUGAGGGGGGCCCCGGCAGAGCAGGGCCAAGUGGCCAGACUCGCUGAGAGGAUCGGCUAUCUCAGGCUGACAUUCUACGGGCACACGUGGCAGGUCCAGGACAAAUACAUGGCAAACAAUGUGGCCUACACUUCAGGAAGGCUUAGUCACCACACAGACUACCCUGCACUUCACUUUGCACCUGGAGUGCAGUUUCUGCACUGCAUCAACCAGGCAGUGGAAGGAGGGGAGAGCGAGGUGGUGGACGGCUUCCACAUGGCCGAGCAGCUGCAGAGAGAAGACCCAGAGGCCUUCAGGACACUCACCUCGCUCCAUGUGGACUUCACCGACACGGGGACGGACUACUGCGAUUUCAUGCUGCAGUCCAAGAAAUGCAUCAUAGACGUUGAUGCCGAGGGGCGACUUGCGAGGAUAAACUACAACAAUGCCACGAGAGAUUCGGUGCUGGACCUCCCCUUACACCAGGUUCAGCCCUUCUACAGAGCGCUGAAGGCCUUCGUGAACAUCAUGAACCGACCAGAGAACGUGGUCACCUACAGAAUGGAGCCAGGUGACUUGGUGACCUUUGAUAACUGGCGUCUGCUUCACGGACGCCGGAGCUACAUUAGCAGACCAGACAGGCUGCGACACCUGGAGGGCGCGUACCUGGACUGGGACGAAGUCAUGUCUCGCCUCCGGAUACUCCGCAGCUGCGUCCAUGAGAACGUGUGAAGAAAAAAAAAAGGUUACAGCCUUUGCAGAGAAUCUAAAUAAUGUCAGGCGGC